GCAACGGGCUGCCGCAAAACGCAAGCUAGGCUAUAUCUCCAGGUACGAUGGCCUCCGCGCCACCAAUGAGCGAGGCCGUCCGCGAUCUGAUCUUGUUCUUAGAGAACUGAGAAUGAUACCACAAAAGCUAUCCGGUUGCUGAAGUCGCAUCGCACCCCCAGCAGGUCUAUCACAACCAACCCCCCAACCGCUACUAAUUCUCUACCGACAACACCAUCGAAGGAUGACGACACCUCUUCACAGGCCCGCGGCGAGAAUUCUGAUAAGUCCUUGACGGUUUCCGGGCCUGGUAGCGGUGAGCGAGCAUCAGAGGCCCAGCCACUCGAUGACUGGGAGCCUGUAAGAAGCGGAUGGGGAGACUGUCUACCGAAGCACCUGAGACAUCCCGAACCGCAGUCUCCAAACCUGGAUACACCGGCAUCUUCAGAGAGCGACAUGAAAGUUGACGAACCGGAAAAAGAACCAGUUCAAUCAACCUCGGAGUCGACCUCGACAGCAUCCAAAGAGCCAACCCCGAAGCAGUCUCCUAGCACGGAUACAGAGAGGAAGAGCGAUGCCAAUAUCAUAGCUGCGGAUAGCUCGACCUGGGAUUUCCACUUGCCCUCUCUCCCUCCACCGACCACACUCCAACCAGGAGGCGUUGAUGGUCUCUCUAAUUUUUCGACCCGAGACGUUAUCGCAGCGAUACAACAUGGUACUCGCCCCGACCAAGUCAGGACCUACUUACAGCACUUUCACCAGACCGAUGCUCGAUUAGUACGAAACCGGAUAAAUGAUGAGAUUGAGGGUUUUCCAGCAAUGUUUUACGUCGCUGCAGCAAACAACGACGCCUAUAUUCGAAUCUUUGAACGGUUCGGCGGCGACGCCAAUGCUACAUAUGGCGAGCCUCCGCUACCCCUUCUGGCCUUCGCCAUUGUUAACAGCAAAACCAUCGAGCAUGAGACCACCGCAGUGGUAGCAACCCUGCUUAGUCUUAGUGCGCGUGCGAGCGUCAUUCCACAACGAUUCUACGAUCCAUUCGACCAAGACCUUUCCUUAAACGAAAUUGUCGAAGAGCCUUUAGAACAAGAUGCCGAUAGCGAGACAGCAUGGUGCAAACCCCUCAGUCAUCGGAAGCUGCUCGCAGAAACGCUCAAUAUAACACAAAGAUACCACCUCUAUCGCUCUUCUAAGCUCAUAAAGCCAACAGAGCGCCAAAAAUGGGUUGCUGCCCGGCACAACUCGACCGAUCUAUUCGCCGUACCGUAUUUCCUAAUAGGACAAAGUGCAGCGACGGAGCUUCUCACACGUCACUUCCUCCACUAUAUGCUUCGCCAGCAUCAACAGCCACUCGUGCUUGUUUUUGCAGGCCCCAGCGGACACGGCAAAACAGAGCUCGCACGGCGCCUUGGGUCGCUCCUAUCCCUGGAGCUUCACGUAAGCGAUUGCACGAUUGUGGCUCGAGAAAACGAGCUCUUUGGGCCGCGGAAGCCGUAUAUUGGGGCUGAAGAAGGCACGCCGCUGAAUAACUUCCUCGCUUCCAAAAGUGGGCAGAAGUGCCUUGUGUUCCUGGACGAAUUCGAGAAGACGACAGCUGAUAUAUGGAACGCGCUGCUGAUACCGUUCGACAAAGGUGAAUACCAGGAUCGACGUAACCUGAAGACGAUCGAUUGCUCUAAGACAAUAUGGAUUCUGGCGACGAACGCCAUUGACAAGAGAAUCGUGGGGUUUUGUAGUAACAACGAAGCUAUCUUCGACGGGGAUGAUGCUGCAACACGUGAGGAGCUUUUAGAGCAGUUGACUUCCACCAUGAAAGAAGACUUCAUGUCGGUUUUCAAACCACCCUUGACAGGCCGCAUCUCAGCCUUCGUCCCCUUCCUCCCCUUCUCAGAACCCGAGACGUGCGUCGGCGCCCACAAAUAUCUCCUCGAACUCAUCUCCGAAGUGCGGCACCCGAUUAACACAACACCGGGUCCCCAAGAGCGCUUGCUGGGCAACAUCCGCUUGAAAAUUCGCUCCGAUGCGAGCGUUUGUAAGAUUCUAACUAAGGACUAUGAUCCCGAGCUGGGGAUUCGCAGUCUGAAGAAGGCGGUGAGGGACCGGCUGGCUUCGGCCUUAGACUUUGAGUAUAUGGCUACCCAUGAAGUUAUUUCUGAGGGGCUACCGACAGAGGAUUAUAUCGCGUUUGUAGCGAAUGGGCGGAUCAAGGUGAGGAAGGCGGCAGGCGCGUUAGGCGAAGGCGGAUAGAUGGG